AGCCGCACAGCACGCAGAAACUUUGUCAACAUCCGGGUUGCACAGUGAGCACUGCGAGGACUUCUAUUUGUGUUUUAUCGCACGGGUACCGUUUUUAUCUGUUAGAACGUGGGCCUGUGUCCCUCUGUACAGCUUUCUGAGGCGCAGUCAUGGCCCCGGUAGGACCAGCCGAUAAGAAAAACAACAACCUGCCGGUAUGGGGGAACGAGAAGACCAUGAACCUGAAUAAUCUUAUCUUGACAAACAUUCUGUCGUCGCCUUAUUUCAAAGUGAACCUGUAUAAACUGAAGACUUACCACGAGGUCGUGGAUGAAAUAUAUUACAAUGUUCAGCAUUUGGAACCAUGGGAAAAAGGAAGUCGGAAGACAUCUGGGCAGACAGGCAUGUGUGGUGGCGUGCGCGGUGUCGGUGCUGGCGGGAUCGUGUCGACAGCAUUCUGCAUUCUGUACAAACUUUUCACGUUGAAGUUGACCCGAAAGCAGGUUAAUGGCCUGAUGACCCAUUGUGAUUCACCGUACAUUCGAGCCUUGGGCUUUAUGUACCUCAGGUUUACUCAGCCACCUGGAGACUUGAUAGAUUGGUACGAACCGUACUUUGACGACGAAGAGGAACUGGACGUCAAGGCUGGCGGGGGACAGACAAUGACCAUCGGAGAGAUGCUUCGCCACUUCCUCACCAAGCUAGAGUGGUUCUCCACCUUGUUUCCCCGAAUCCCCGUCCCCAUUCAGAAAGAGAUCGAGCAGCGCAUGCUCGCUCAUCCGCCGAAGCGGAUGGUGGCCACCGAGGACGUACAGGAAGCCGAAGCUGGCGGAGACGUUGCUGCGACUGCGGAUGAGCAUGGUGGCAGCAGGAGGAAUAGGAGCCCAGCGGCGCGUGACAGCAACGGAACCAGGGACGUGCACGAGGACGUCGACAGGGAACGCAGCCGCCACAGGGAGAGGAGGAGGAGCCGAAGUAGGGACCGUCACUCCGGCCACAGUCAGCAUAGCAGAAGUCGAGAGGACCGCACGCACCGCUCUGAUGCACACAGGGGUGGCAGGGACGGAGACCGUUACCACGAGAAGCGCCAUCGACGCAGCAGCUCCGAGCGCAGGCACAGAUCACGUGACCGAUCCAGGGACAGAAAUCCCAGGAGGGACCGCUCUCCGAGAGAUCGCCGUCGGUGAACGCAGCGGCGGUUUGUGUGUGUCAUGGGUGUCGUCUGUUCUCAUCACAUCAUUGUCAAGAACUGAGCUGCACGCAGAAAGAGACGGCAGUACUUAGGCUUUCAUAAUUACGUGGGAAUUUUGGAAAUAAACCAUCGCACCGGCAUAAGCCCCGGUGGUUGUAACUCUGG